AUGUCGAGGCUAUUAAGAUUCCAACGGGCGCGGCCCAUGAAUUGGGGAAGCAGCUUCACAAGCCGUCAAUUCAGCACAACAAGAGCAGCGCUGUCAGUACGAGGGCAGUCCAAACUGUUCAAGGACGCUGAUGCUGCGGUUGCCGACAUCAAGAGUGGUUCAACGCUAUUGAGUUCUGGGUUUGGUCUUUGUGGUGUGGCGGAUACACUGAUCAAUGCGAUUCACCGAAGAGGUCGCGACUCUCUUAAUUCGUUGACAGCUGUGUCGAACAACGCCGGAGUGGAGGGCAAGGGUGGUUUGGCAGUCCUUACAAGCGCUGGCCAGGUUGAUCGCUUGAUCUUGUCUUAUCUUGGUAACAACAAGGUGUUGGAGAAGAAGUACCUGACUGGCGAAUUGGCAAUUGAGCUUUGUCCCCAAGGUACAUUGGCUGAGCGCAUUCGAGCGGCCGGUGCUGGCAUUCCUGCAUUCUUUACACCCACAGCAGCUCACACCCUCGUGCAAGAUGGCGAAAUCCCUGUGCGAUUAGACAAGUCUGGCGCUGUCGUCGAAAAAGGCCGAAAGCGAGAGACCCGCGAGUUCAACGGUCGAACAUUCCUUAUGGAGCAUGCCAUUGAGGGCGAUGUCGCGAUCAUGCGCGCAUGGAAGGCCGACAAGGAUGGAAACUGUGUCUUCCGAUAUGCGACAAAGUCAUUCGGACCCCUCAUGGCCAAGGCCGCGAAGCUCACCAUCGUCGAAGCCGAGAACAUUGUCGAAGUUGGCGAAAUCGACCCCAACGAUGUUAACCUCCCCGGUAUCUUUGUCGACCGAAUCGUUCCCGCUACCGCCGAAAAGAAUAUUGAGGUGCUCAAGUUGAGAGAGGAGGGAGAGGACGGCCCACCAAAGGCUGCGAAUGAAGCUCAAGAGCGACGAAACCGUAUCGCGAGACGAGCUUCAAAGGAGCUCAAGGCGGGAUACUAUGUCAAUCUGGGAGUUGGAAUUCCAACGCUGGCCGUUUCUUUCCUACCUCCGGACUCGACUGUGCAUAUUCAGUCUGAGAAUGGUAUCCUUGGAAUGGGUGCCUAUCCUACAAAGGAUGAGGUUGAUGCUGAUAUCAUCAAUGCCGGCAAAGAAACAGUGACACUCGUUCCCGGAGCAUCCGUCUUUGACUCGGCCGAAUCAUUCGGUAUGAUUCGGGGUGGACACGUCGAUGUCUCAAUUCUUGGUGCCCUUCAAGUCAGCGCAGUCGGUGAUCUUGCCAAUUACAUGAUUCCUGGAAAGGUCUUCAAGGGUAUGGGAGGCGCAAUGGAUCUGGUAGCCAACCCCGACAACACCAAGAUUGUCGUCGCAACCGAGCACUGCGCCAAGGACGGAUCGUCCAAGAUUAAGCAGCAAUGCACGUUACCUCUAACGGGCGCACGUGUAGUCAGCACCAUUAUUACCGAUCUCUGCGUGUUUGAAGUAGAUCGAGAGCAGGGUACUUUAACUUUGACAGAGCUUGCGCCGGGCGUGAGCGUCGAGGAGGUUAGAAGCAAGACUGACGCAGAUUUCUCAGAAGCGAGGGAAUUGAAGCAGAUGGAGUGA